ACGCGAGAGACAACAUAGUACAACUUGAGGUUUAGAAGAGUUAGAGUAUCGGCUCUUAUCGAGAAUGACGCGCAAAGGUGGAGGAUGGAGGGGGCGCGGCCGCAGCGGGGCUCGAUGGCGGGACAGCAGGGCCAGGGGCAACCCCGCCGAGGCAUGCCAGGUCAACACCCGCGGGACCGUCACCAUCAAACAGGAGAAACAAGAUGAAGGCUAUGGUGAUGUGAAAGUGAAGUCAUUUGAGGAGAUCAUGGCUGAGAAGAGGCGGAGACGGCUGGGCCAGCAGACAGCUGCCAGGAGCUCCGCAGCACCUGGGGCAGCUACAGACGUCACGGAAACACACAGCACGCCAGGCCGUCCCAAAGACAGUCCUGUCCAGAGUGUCCGCAGUGCUGUGUCAGAUCCAGGAGGAACAGCGCUGUUCCGUGGUGUAGCUAACUUCAAUAACAGUACAGGCAACAUCAACACAACACAGGGAUCAUGGACUUCUUCAGCGUCAUCAACCCCAGUUCGACCUCUUGCUUCCAUACUGAAAAGUUCAUCUUCUUCUUCUCCGGUUUUUCCUGGUGAUCAGUUAGGUUUCGGUACCCCCAUUGUGUACCUGGACCGCUUGUCGCAAGCACAGGAAGAUGAGCUGUCCAGAGUUGGCAUGAUCAGGACUCCCUCCAACUCACCUUCCCCAGACAGGGGGUCCCCUGCUGCCAAGGAGAGAACGCCAAAAAGCAAGAAGAAGGGUGCAGGAAAGAGAAAAUCAGGAACAAAAGCUUACCUCGGGACCUCCGGGGAAGAAUCCACAGAGUCAUCAACUGUUGCAGUGAAGGUAGAAACGGACGUAGGUGCUUUAGGUAAAUUUGGGGACUCCAGUGGUCUCCUUGGUCUACGUAAUCUGUUAAAGGGAAGCGCAAAUCAAAGACCAGGAGACAGUAGGACAGAGCAGGAUGAAGUACCAACAAGUAGUGGACUAUUCUCUCCUGUUCCAAGUCAUACGGUCCCAGUGGAGACAAUACUCUCGGAGUGCAGAAAUCCCUUCGAGCUAACUCAGCAGCAAGAUGUGAUUCUUAUUGACAGUUCUGAGGAUGAAAGUGACACAAAGAUAUCAGGACAAUCCAGUAAAGGAAGGAGGAAGAAAAAACGGGAGAGGAAGGUGAGAGAAGGACAGCAGGACUCUUCCUUGGAGUUUGCUUGGAUAAAGAAGGAGCCAAAAGAAGAUGCCAAAGAUACAGCACAACCAAACCUUUCUCCACUUCCAAACCCUCUGACAUUUCCCUACAGGAACAACACUAUGGACUAUGGACUAAGAAAUGGCCCCUUUACUACAACUUCUUCUGACACACCUCAAGAGGUAGUGCCGUCUUCUUCACCAGAGCAGCCUGGAACAUCAGACAGUAGCCGUAAUGUCUGGGACAUCUUUUCUGAGACGGGUUCAAACACCUCUGGUACAGUCUCAACACAGCCUGUAGCUGUAGCUGAACUAUUUGUAAAUACUCCUACGACAGCUCUCACAGUCCCAACAACUUCGGACCACCCGAAACAAACUGUACCUCCAGUUGACACUUUUGAUGUUACCCAGUUGUCAAGGGCAUCGUCCCCAGACAGUAAUGCCUCCUAUUCCGUGCUUUUGAAGAGCGUGCAGGAACUGUCGGAGCUGGACGAGGAACACCAAACGUCCACAUAUUCACCAGAGUAUGAUGUCUUGAAUGGUAACACUGAAGCAGCCACACUUGCAAACAGCUGUUCCAGCCUGAGUCAGCCUCCUCUGGUUGAGACUGAGUAUAGUUAUAUUGAACUGCUGAAUGGACAACCUGAGGUGCCCAUAACAAGCCCACAAGCUGAGCUGUCCAUGCCAACCUUACAACCCGAGCUUCCUAUGGCAGGACAACCCAAUUGUAACAUUCCCCAAACUGACAGCAUCUCCAACUGCAUGUCACCUACUCAGCUCUUGCUAGAGGCAGGCAUACAGAAUAAUGUAGACCUUUCCCCUCCUAAACUGUUGCUUGAUUCCCCAGCUCUAGUACAGACCUUCCCCAGUCAGCUAGAUGGUCACGAUCACAACAAAGGAGGUACGGAACACAUCUCAGAAGCAGAGUCUUCGCAGGAAAGUCAAGAAAAUGCAAGGAGAGGUGAGACUCAAGUGACUCAGGACGGCAUAGAACUGGACAAAACAGACGUUGAAAAAAACAACAACCCACUUUCCAAAAACCCUCAAGUUGUAACAAGUCCGUCAGUGAUUGAAGACUUGGAAGUAGACAUGUUGUUGUCAUCCUUUGAAACACUUGCAAUGCCUGUGGACAUUGCUGAAAUGCAGAGUGAUAAGACAUUGGAAGUAGCAGAUAUGGAAUGCCCCUCACAAUGUGCCAAAAGUGGAGAAUAUGAUGUCUUGCAAACUGUUCAUGAAGUUCCUACAAGGGCAUCUUCUCAGCUUGAAGCUUCAACAUCAGAGAAAACUGGAAGAGGAAGAAGGAAGCCACAGCAGAAGAAACGGCAAUCGGCUAGGCUGAGGAAGAAGUCUGGAAGGAGCACUCAAGUGGAACCUGGAUCGCAGGGUGUGGGCCAAGACUACUCAGAGAAUGGUCAGAACUCGCCACAGCUGAAACGAAAAUCAUCAAGAAUGAAACCAAAUGCCCCACUGGUUGAACAAAAAUUAGCACGUGUGACAACAGACUCCCCAAGAGUUGAACAAAAAUCACCACAGAUGCAAUCUGACUGCCCAAGAGUUGAAGAGAACUCACCACAGGUGCAAUCAGAGAAGUCUGAAAGUGUGAGGCACAACUUGCCACAGGUGAAACAAAGUUUGCCACAGGUGAAAGCGAACUCACCACAGGUCCGACGAAAGUCCCCACGUGGGGGACAGGACUCACCAUGUGUGAGGAAAAAGACACGGCGUGGGGGACGGACAGCAUCAAGGACGGGACAGAACUCGCCACAAGUGGGACAGAACUCGCCACAGGUGGCCCAGGACUCACCACAGUUUGGACAGGACUCGCCACAGGUGGGACAGGACUCGCCACAGGUGGGACAGAACUCGCCACAGGUGGGACAGGACUCGCCACAGGUGGGACAGGACUCGCCACAGGUGGGACAGGACUCGCCACAGGUGGGACAGGGCUCGCCACAGGUGGGACAGGGCUCGCCACAGGUGGGACAGAGCUCGCCACAGUUGCGACAGGACUCACAACAGGUGGGUCAGAACUCUCCUCAGGUGGGACAGAAUUCGCCACAGGUGGGACAGAAUUCGCCACAGGUGGGACAGGACUCGCCACAGGUGAGACAGGACUCGCCACAGGUGGGACAGGACUCGCCACAGGUGGGACAGGACUCACCACUGGUGGGACAGGACUCGCCUCUUGAAAAAGAGCCACCACAGCAAGAACAGAACUCUCCCCAGCUGGAAACCAACAUACCACAGGCUGGACAGACCUUGCUACCAGCGGAACAGAACUCAACACAGAACUCACCACAACUUUCAGAUCUCACGCCACAGCUAGAACACAACCCACCACAAGAGCCACCACAGGUGAAACCAAAAUCACCACAGAUGAAAGCAAAGUCACGAAAGUCCCCACGCGUGAGACAGAACUCACCACGGGUGAGAAAAAAGACACUGCGAGUGAAGUGGACUGCACCACAGCCAGCAAACAAACCACCACAGCUGGGACACGACCCACCACAGCUGGGACACGACCCACCACAGCUGGGUGACGACCCACUACAGCUGGGACAUGACCCACCACAGCUGGGACACGACCCACCACAGCUGGGUGACGACCCACUACAGCUGGGAGACAACCCACUACAGCUGGGAGACAACCCACUACAGCUGGGAGACAACCCACCAGAGCUGGGACACGACCCACCACAGCUGGGACAAGACCCACCACAGCUGGGACACGACCCACCACAGCUGGGACAAGACCCACCACAGCUGGGACACGACCCACCACAAAAGCCACAAAAGGCAAAAUCACCAAGGGUGAAACCAAAAUCACCCAGGGUAACAGCAAAAUCACAGCAGGUCAAGCGGAAGUCCCCACGAGUGGAACAGAACUCACCACGGGUAAGAAAAAAGACUGCACCACAGCUGGCACAUGACCCACCACAACUGGGAGACAACCCACCACAACUGGGAGAUGACCCACCACAGCUGGGAGACAACCCACCACAGCUGGGACACGACCAACCACAGCUUGAAGGUGACCCACUGCCAAAACUGCCACAGGUGAAACCAAAGUCACCAAGGGUAACAGCAAAAUCACAGCAGGUCAAACGGAAGUCCCCACGAGUGGAACGGGACUCACCACAGGUGAGAAAAAAGACUGCACCACAGCCAGCAAACAACCCACCACAGCUGGGAGACGACCCACCACAGCUGGGACACGACCCAUCACAGCUGGGACACGACCCACCACAGCUGGGACAAGACCCACCACAGCUGGGACACGACCCACCACAGCUGGGACAAGACCCACCACAGCUGGGACACGACCCACCACAACUGGGAGACAACCCACCACAAAACUUACAACAGUUAACAAAGCCAGGCAAGAGGAAGCAGAAUUCAUCCAAAAUGCCAAAGAAAGUGCACAAGUCACACCAUCAAAAACCAGCAGCAUCAACUCCAUUCAUUCCACUAAGCCCAGGUAGUAAUGACUAUAAGGUAGCAAACAGUACCACUAAGUCUGACAAAGAUGUGUCUACAUCAGAAGGAGUUCAUAGAAGUAUGAGACGACAGGAAGAGGCUGCCACUGGGAGCCCCCGUGUUUUCAGAAGUUACCUAGCCCGUGUGGCAGGAAGUAUAAGCAGCAAUACAGACAGUCAACACGCUCCAGUGGGAGGUUUUGAGUUCAGCACCCCGUCAAUGCUUAGCAGACAUGGCAGUCCAUCAGUAAUUGGCACCACAUCAACCCCUGCGUAUUCCAAGGAGAACCAGCCUGCUCCUCGUGAUGCUAGGGCACCCUCGCUCAGCCCCAUUGUGUGCAGUUCUUCACCAUUCACUCGAACAACCCAACCAGAAGUCUCUUACGCGUCGAGCCCAGGCAAUGAUGGCAGCAACCUGAGACUGAUUUCCUUGGGAACAUCACCACGAACUGCUGAAACGAGUCUGUCAGCUUGUAGUCCAUUUUUGAGCACGGCAUCGCCACGUUCCUCCCCUUUCGGGAGCUCAGAUGCUGGUUACGAAGGCAGACAAGCUGUAGCCAGCAGUUCUCCUUACACGGGAAACAGUGUUGACAAGACACGGUCUUUCGGCCAGUCGUACAUCACCGUGGACACCACCAGAUGCUCCGCAACCCUUUCUGAGAGUGAGAGUGAAGAGAAGGAGGUUGCUACAACUCCUGAGCCUACAUCUGUGAGAAAGGUGAAGUUUGGCAUGCCUGAGGAUCUCCAGGUGAAGCUGAACAGGACGAAGAGAGAGGUGAAGAGGACAAUGGUACCAUCUCCACAGAAGUCGUGGGUUUCUCUUGCAACUGGCAGUGCCAUUCUGCAGAGGAGCAGUCCUGCAGGAUGCAGUGAUAAUGAUGACGCCAUCUCGCUGUUUGUGAGCAGAGAUGAGGAUUCCUGGUUCUUGAUUGAUGAUGAUGGGGAGAAUGAAACAUCCAGGGACACCCAGUUGGACAACAGCCCUGCAGCUAAGAACACCACCAGUCUUCCCAGUGUUCAGCAGGCACACCGUCAGAAGCCGUCUCCUGUAGUCUGUAACCCAGCAGAAGGGGCCAGUAGCUCCCCAGGCCUGCCAGACCAGACAGACGUCAGGGUGCACAGAACACAAGGGGGACUGAUCGUCAAGCUGCCACAGAGAACACUGAUGAAGAGGAAGGGUGUAGCCAUGCAUGGUACCACAGCACAAGACGAGACACAGACUGCAGGGCUGUCUAGUCCCAAGCGACUCAGGACUGCUGUCAGCACUAGAGAAGGUACCAGACCCAUGGAGAUGGAGAGAAACACAGGCAGGGGAGCUGCGCAGCAAACAGCACAGUAUGACAGACAUGGAAACAGAUGCCUGCCACUGCCCUUCGGUUACUGCCGACAACAUUUCCUGUCAUUGCAAGGCUGCAGUAUGCAGUAUCAUGGCUGCAAGUUCGACCAUAGGCUGACCAGUAAGGCAAUGGCGCGAGAUCUGAUAGAUUACGUCUCAGGGAAAGGCCUGGCUGUUCCCCUCACCGUGUACAGAGACUACAUCCGUCUACUCAUCCAGGCUGGCGACACGGCAGAAGCUGUGGCAACGUUCAGGAAAUUGAGAAAUUGGAACUCUGGGGAGCUGACUGUCAUCGUGGAUGAACUGACUGAUAACCUGUUAAGCAUGCAGUGCUGGGGUUAUCUGCAAGAGGUCCUUCUUCUGGUGCUACAGAAGGGCAUCAUGCCCAAUGAGAAUGUGCUGUGUGAGCUGAUUCAGCAUCAUGGAGACUACAACAAUAUCCUGGCCAUCAGGCAGCUCAUGGAUAAGUAUGACGAGUGUAACGUCCGGCCGGGAGAUAACGUUCUGUUGCUGGUGGACAGCUGCCUGGCCGGGCCGGACCGUCCACCGUCCCGGGACAGUCUCACCAGUGAGGAGGACGUGGACGACAGGCACCACCGGCACUUCAGCCGCGUCCAGUCCGAGCGCAGGGGCAUCGCCAUGGAAACGGCAAGGGCCGACCCGAAGAACGCGGCGGGCCCUCGUCCUGCCGAUCGUCCGACUGGGAGCCAGGACAAGCCCGGCCAAUCCCUGUGGUCAGAUGGGGCGUGUGGUACUGUACUGCAGGAGCCAAGUCGUUCCCAUACCCCCCUGGGCAUUGUUAACCCACAGCCACAUUACACCAUGGAGAGCUUCAUACAGCGCUUCCAGCUUUUGGCAAAGUCAAGGGUGCCUAUGGAGGAACUUGGCAAGCAGCUGGGGAUGUUAUACACCAGCAUGAAGACCACAGUUGGUACCGAGAGCAGCGGCAAUGUGGACGUGUUACGGGCCCUAUGUGAUGCAGUCAGCUCACAGGAGUGUUUUUCCGAGGUGUUUCAUGCCAUGGUGAAAACAUUGGGUUACUCAGGAGAGGAUGAUGGGAUAAUCUUGUACACGGAGGACAUCGUCCCUCUCGGGCGGGUUGCCGUGUCGCUGCUCCUGGAAGCAAGGCAGAGGGAAGCAUGGGAACAAGGAUUCUACAUGCUGUACCUGAUGCAUGAACACAGCAUGUUGUACGACGAGCUGCCCGGCCUGAGUGAUGCCUGGAGUGAGGAGGACCGAUGGAGGGUGUCCAACGCAGCGCUGCAGAUGUGCCUGAAGUCUGACAACGUCGGGUCGGCCCUCGAGGUGUUAAAGGGUAGAGAUGACAGCUGGCAGUGUCCCCCCGAGUCUCUUGGACCUGUCUUUGAGGAACGCCGCUGCCUUCUGCAGGAGAUUCUAACCGCCGUGACUCUUAAGGCAGAGAAUGCCGAGGAUUACUUCACCCUGAUGGACACCAUUAAAGGCAUGGGAGUUAAUUUAGACCAGCAGUGGAUGGAGAUCCUGAAACAGAACCUGUCAGAUGAAACGGUGAGCCUGGUGGCGCUGGUCUCUGAGCAGAUGAUGCGGAGAGGACUGUUGGACGUCAGGUCCAGCGGAGAGGAGGACAUGAGGGAGAUUAUAUCUUCGCUGGUUGAUGUCCUGGGAAGGAACAAGCUGGAGGAUGAGGCACGAAAGGUCUUCCUUCACGGCUGUCUUCAGGGGAUGUACAAAAUCCCCCUGUACCCUGAGGAAGGCAAGCGCUGGGACCUGUUUGUGCCCUUCGACCUGAAGGCUACGGAGAUGCAGUUCUACGUGGAGCGUCACUUCCAAUUUCUGGGGCACGAUCUGAUGAAAGGGAAGUUCGAGGGAAAUCAUCUCACAAUAACACUCUGGCACAGCACCGCCCUGCGGGAAGAGGAUGCGGAGGGCCGCACGAGAUUGAAGCAGGCCCUGCAGGACGGCUUCGGGUUCAAACACGGCGUGGAGUUCAUCGGUCAAGUGGUCCGAGGGUGCUUUACCGUGGUGAUGUACUACAGCGCCAUCCUGGGCUGGCUACAGCGCACGGACGUUGUGGUCGACGGAAGUACGUCCGGCAUGUCGGACUACGAGAUGGAGGAGGAUUCCCCAAUGGUGCCACCGCGCCCUCCCAGUCAGUGUAGCGUGGACACGCACUUCUCGUCUCUCACCAACGUGGUGAACAGGAUGGCAGGGUACAACCCAGAAGGAGAGGAGGAGGACAGCCCUGGAGCAGACUCGUGCAACCCUGAUGUCCUGAACCGUCUAGAUACCACCGAAACCCGGGGAAAGCAAAAUGAGAAUGCCAGUGACAGAGGCCAAGUUGCCAACAUAACUUCCUACAUGGGCACAAGUGGUCAAGCAAACCUAACACAGCAGAUCAGACUUAAUAAUAGUUUGCCAUCAGCCCAGAUGCACAGCUCAAAUCCUGCAGUACAUGUCAGGGCAGAAAACGGAGAAAUGCACAACAGAAACCAAGUCUUCAACCAGCCUCGCAAUGUACCCAGGCCCCAUGACAACAUGCAGCAAUUUGGCAAUAAUGGCAGUCAAGUGCAGGCACAAGUCCAUGAUAGGAGAGGCACACAACACAUAUCCGAACUCCUCAGUCUCCAACUAUCAUCCAAUUCUAUACCCGCGGAGUUUAAAAGAAAUCCCCAACAAACUUCCUUACUUGGAGAGUACCGCGAACCUUCCCAAGGCCCCCUGCCGAACCUUCGAGGUGUGAACCCUUCAGGAGCCCGACCACAGCUCUGCCCUUAUCCACCGCCACAACAACAGCCUGGACUGCCGCGGUUUCCUGUUGCGAGGGCCAUGCCACUGGUCGGGAGCCGCAAGGACAAUGUUAACAACGCAGCAGGAUAUCACCCUGGCCGGGGUCAACUACAGGCUCGCAGAAACGACGUCAACAACCCACCAGGAUUCCGCAUGGGUUUACAGCAGGGCCACAGAAAUGACGUCAACCCUGCAGCCAGGUUUCCCAUGGGUCUACAGCAGGGUUGCAGGAAUGACAUGAACAAUCCAGCAGGAUUUCGCGUGGGUCCACAGCGGGGUGGCCAAAACGACACCAACAGCGCAGCGGGGUUUCGCAUGGGUCCGCCGCACACCAACAAUCCAGGAGGGCUUUACAUGGGACCACAGCAGGGUCGCAGGUACCAGGGACUGCCCCAGCACAGCCAAGCAAGAGGAGAUGGCAUCAACAGGAUGAGACAGGAUGGUGGGAGAAUUUGGGAUACACCAUCGCCUCCUCCCCCACCUCCACCCCCUCCCCUUCCUUCUCAUCAGGGGUACGUCCCGGGAAUGAAGUCGCCACCCAAGAGUUUCAAGACGGUGUCUCGUCCCAAGCAAGGACCGAUCGACAUCUUCAUUCGCCGGAUACGCGAGGAGAUUGAGGGCCGUUUGAGGACGUGCGGGCAGAUAGCCGAGGAAUAUGUCUCGACUGUUGGAUGCCGCCUUUUGGAUCGGUUUCUUCAGGAGGAGGGGCAGGCAUUGUUCCAGAGGCCACAGUUCAACAUGGAGUUGCAGCGGCGUAUCUUUAAAUUUGUGGAUUGCCACUAUCGUCAGGAGUGUCCACGCUCAUGGUGA